GAAUCACGUAAAAGUAUCUUGGCGUGGUUGCAGAGGUCCAUAUAUUGAAGAGGAAAAAUGAGUCGAGGAGGCGCAGCAGGAGCGAAGGGGAAGAAGAAGGGAGCAACAUUCACCAUUGACUGUGCAAAGCCAGUGGAAGACAAGAUCAUGGACAUUGCCUCUCUCGAGAAGUUUCUUCAAGAGAGGAUCAAGGUUGCUGGUAAAGCUGGUGCUCUCGGUGACACUGUUAACGUUACCCGUGAGAAGACCAAGAUCACCGUCACCUCCGACAGUAACUUCUCCAAACGGUAUUUGAAGUACUUGACUAAGAAGUACUUGAAGAAACACAAUGUGCGUGACUGGCUCAGAGUGAUUGCUUCAAACAAGGAUAGAAGUGUUUAUGAACUGAGGUACUUCAACAUAGCUGAGAAUGAGGGUGAGGAAGAAGAUUAGUUAUCUGAUAACCUAAUUCGCAUAAGGGUUUAAUUUUACCCUUUUUCCUGUAGCUAGCUUCCUUUUUUGGCAAGUAUUGGUUGAGAUAACACUGCUUUUUUUGAUCUGUUGCAAUUUAAUUGGUUUUGAUAAUUUAAGAGUUUUGAUGUUGAAUUGGGAACAGAGUUUACAUAUUAUUCUGCGUUGUUUCAGUAUUUAAUAUGGUUAAAUUGCAUUAUCUUUC